AUGCAUCGAGAUAAUAAGGAUAAAUACAUCGUGAAUGUAUCAAUAGACGCGCCGCUUGAGCAAUGGCCGCGAGUGAAAGGAGAGGUCUGCGUUGAAUUCUUCAUCGGCCGUAUACCACCGGAGGCGCUCUGCGGUGAAAAUUUAAUAUCCACGUCACGUGAAACGCCACAAAGGAAUCUGGCGGCCGUUCGUUCGGUGCAUCCAGCAUUUUCCCAUAUUCAUCACCCGCGCGGGGCAGAUGCAUUUUUGUGGAGAUCGUAUCUGCCCGAUUGGUUAAUAAGUGUUGUCGAAAGGUCGGCCGCAUUAGCGCGCGGCCACGGUCCCGAUCAUAGGGAGGCGUGCUUGCGCAACCCACCUCGAGACAAUAGGAGCGGCCCGCGUUCGCUCUGGUACGACACGAGUCCGUGUCCACGUGUCAAGUGCCCACGCGACGUCUCG